CCCCCAGGCGAGCGAGGGAGGGAGGGGAGCGGCGCGGCGUUGCCUAGGCGACGGGGAGAGCCUGGGCGAGAGGCGGCGAAGGAGGGAGCGCGGCGGCGGCGCGAGGAGCGAGCAGCGAGCUGGCGCCGGGAGCCACCUCCGGCACCGCGGCCGGGCCGGCGAGCGCGGCGCGGUGGCGGCAGGGAGAAAGGUUUAAUUGGAAGAAAUGGAUACUAAAGGAUUACAAGAAGAUAAAAACCUGAAGAUGCUUUUAUUUUUACUAGCAUAUUUGCUAAGUAAGGUAAUUUGUGAGACUGGAGAUUGCAGAGAGCAAGAAUUUAAAGAUCAUGCUGGAAACUGUGUCCUCUGCAAACAGUGUGGACCUGGAAUGGAAUUGUCAAAGGAAUGCGGCUUUGGAUAUGGGGAGGAUGCACAGUGCAUGCCGUGCAGGUCUAACAGAUUCAAAGAAGACUGGGGCUUUCAGAAGUGCAAACCCUGUCUGGAUUGUGCACUAGUUAACCGGUUUCUGAAAGCCAACUGUUCUGUCACGAGCAAUGCACUAUGUGGAGACUGUUUACCAGGAUUUUAUAGGAAAACUAAGCUUGGAGGCUUUCAAGACAUGGAGUGUGUUCCUUGUGGUGAUCCUCCUCCUCCCUAUGAACCUCACUGUUCCACCAAAGUAAACCUUGUGAAGAUCCCAUCAACAGCUUCCAGUCCUCGAGACACUGCUCUGGCAGCUGUUAUAUGCAGUGCACUUGCCACAGUGCUUUUAGCUCUUCUUAUUCUUUGUGUUAUUUAUUGUAAGAGGCAGUUUAUGGAGAAGAAACCAAGCUGGUCUCUGAGAUCACAAGAUAUUCACUACAAUGGUUCUGAAUUGUCGUGUUUUGAUAGACCACGGCUAAAUGAGUAUGAUCACAGAACAUGUUGCCAGUGCCAGAGAGGCACAUCACAGACAUGUGGACCAGUUCACUUGAUUCCAUCAUUGUGUUGUGAUGAGACCUGUAGCAUGGAACACAGCAGUCAUAGCUGUGUUUUCCACUCGCAGACUACACUUCAUGAAAGGGCGUCUGAUUCUGUUGGAGAAAUGAUUCCUACCUUCCUUGGUUCUCUUUCACACUCUACCUGUGGAGACAUUUCAGAUGCUUGGCCUCUUAUGCAAAACUCAGCUUGCUGUGACAGCAUCUCUUUCUGUGAAUCAUAUUCUGAACUGGCUGGAGGAGCUCCAAAUUCCUGCAGUCCUGCGACUGAAAAUGUAGCCACUGUUGAGUCAGAUAAUGACCAGGAACUAAAUGAUGUACUUAUUUCAGCUGAGUCUCAUGAUGGAAACAUUGCAGAGUCCUUUGAAAUCUCCAAACAUAGAACAUACAUAGAGUUUUCAUCACUUCAGAACUCAGUGGCUGCUGAAAAAACAGCCAAAGACAAGCACAAUGGAACAGCAAAAGACUCCACAGACUAAUUAAGAGGAAGCCAGGCCAUCUCUCUCAGCUUCCCUAAUGCUCCUCUGCCAGUUCUCAUCAAACAUGGUUUGGUCCUCAACAUUGUAUGGUUUCAAAAUCAGUUGAAAAAAAAUUGGCAGCAUUUCACACCUUCCAAGCAGUUGCAUCUGAGCCGUAACAGCUGUAAAGUGGAACUUCAAGGAGCAUCUGAAGAGAAUCCUGAGAAUGAAUCCAUGAUCUUUGGCAUCUCCUUUAAAAAAAGAACCUUUUAUUCUGUCUGAGUCUCACAAAGUCUGGUGCAGUGAGCUUAAAAGUAUGUGUAAAUAUAACCAAAAAAUGAAAAUACCGUAGUAUGUUUGGAUGGGUAUCUUAAAUACGGCUACAGAUGUCAGAAAGCAUGGGACAAGACUGCCAGUUUUCAGCUUGCAAAUGUAUGCAUGCAUGUAUGCAUUAGGAUUUUUUUUUUUACUGGUUCUGAUUUUAACUCAGUUUCCUGCUGUUGAAGGAGUUAAAAAUGAAACGCUUCUAUUUAUGUAAGGAUCAUCUGUUGAGAAACUGAAGCUUUUAUUAUGUAUUACAUUAUAGUCAAUAAGCUAGUUUGGAGAGUUAAAGAAAUUGCAUGUUACAGUAUGUAUGGUUGAAGCUCCCUCCAUCCAAUUAUUACACUUGUGGGAGGGGGCAUUGUUUUGUUUAAUAUAGCAGGAGCUUAGCUUUAAAUUAGAUUUAGUUUAAUGAAAGUCAGUUAAUGAAAGUCAGCCAUAUAGAUAGGGAUUUUGUGUUUAAUUGGUAGGCUCAGUACUGGAAGACAGCACUUGUUGUUAUAGCAUGUAGCUUUUGGAUGUUGAAAUAAUAAUCAUCUGUCACACCAAAAUGUCAAACUAUAGCAGGUGUGCCAUGAAAGUAUUCAUAAAAUGAGAGCUGUUACUAAUUUUUUGUAGUAAUGGAUUAUUUUCGAGGGUCAAGCUUCAUGGUGACCUAAUCCUUUCAUUUGAACAGACCUUCUUUUCAUUCAUUUCACUCUCUCGUUUUCACUGUAUUAUUUUCUGUAAAUUACUUUUUUUCACGCAAAAUAUAAAAUGAUUUCAUAACUUUUUUCAAAAUACCUCUGAAUUGAAUCCUCAACCUAGGCACACACCUGGGAAAUUAUUAUUUUUCUGCCCUAAUUGUUGUUCACAAUUCUUUUAAACUAGAGUUUGUCACACCAUACACUAAAAUGUCAUUUGUUCUGUAGGCAUUUUUUAACCUAAAAUAGUGUUCACUUCUGUGCAUAAAUCUAUAACUUCUACUGAAAGCUGCAUUCCGCAGGCUCAGAUCUGUCAGUUGUGAACUCUGGUAAAUAUUCUUUAAAGUACACCGUGUGCCUUGACAAAAGCAAAGCAAUCAGUAAAACAAAUGCAAGUUUACAAUAAAUAUUACACAUCUUUCCACACAUAGUUUGUAUGGCAAUGGAAAUGAUGAGACAAUAUUCAUAUUCCAUAGCGGAAAAAAAUGUUUGCUUUGAAACACCCAGUAGAAGGUUGAACAUGCACAGGAAUAGUUAGAACCAGAAUAGGCAACCAAGGCAAUAAGAUACUUUGGCCAAACCCAUGAGAUUAUUCAUGUGUGCAAAAAUCAUGACUAACAAUUGUCAAAUCUGAACCAAAUAAGUGAAUAAAUUACAUAAAUGAUUUUUUUAAUGUGGUAAAGACCACCUUUUGGUUGCUGAUAUAGUAGAAGAAUAUGCAACUGUACAAAUAGUACAAUUAUUCUACUACAUAAAUUAAAGAAUAUAUACAAAUAAAAUUGGUUUGAAUAGUUUCUUUGGAUGCUUUCAUACAUUGAAGAAGUGACAAAAUACUAUUUUCACUACUUUUGCAUGAAAAGAUGUGUGCUUUUUUGUAUAUAAUUUGUAAAUAAGAAAAAUCCAAUGUGCAUUUCAGUAUAUGGCAAGAUAUUUUUAGAACAUGUGGAAAUUUAACUUUUCAUUAACAGCAGUUAUUUAAAAUGCUAUGUUCAAAAAUUUUGCCAGCAUCUGCCACAGUAAGUAUGUUUUCCCAUUGGAAUUUACACUUUGUAUAAUCCUUUUUGUCCAGCAACUCUAGAUAAAAGCACUCAUUCUUUAAAUGAGUGACAGGCAGCUUGAAAGCAAAUUGGGAGGAAAAAUGAAGAGUGUUUUUUAAAUAUAUAUGUAUAUUAUGUAUAUACUUUUUUCCUUAAUUUAACCAAAUUGGUCUUUUUUAUAUUGCCUGUGGCAAGCAAUGUUGUAUAUGCCAAUAGAAAACAUACAUUACCACCACAUUUACACUGUCUGCAUAUCACUUCUAGGGGCUUACAGUGCUGUUUUAAAUGCUUCUUUGAAGAAUCUAAAUUAAAGUCAUGUAUAAAUCAUUUUGUUAUACUUUUUCUACUUGUGAAUAAAAUAUUACAUGAAUUGCU